AAAUUCGCUCUUUUCCCCUUUUCCUCACCCCAUAAAUGGCUUGUGCUUCAUCCUUCCCAUUCCCCCCCUCCCGCGGGUCCCGCUCCUCCCGAGCCGCAGAUUUGGGGACAGACACUCCCGUUUUGGGAUUGUCAGUCCCUAACGCGCCGGGUUCCCGCAGUGAAGCUGAACGGCGGCCGCCACGUGCAGGGCAUCCUGCGGGGCUUCGACCCCUUCAUGAACUUGGUCAUCGACGAGUGCGUGGAGAUGGCACCGGGCGGGCAGCAGAACAACAUCGGCAUGGUGGUGAUCCGAGGGAACAGCAUCAUCAUGCUGGAAGCUUUGGAACGAGUAUAAACCCCUGGAAAACCCCAAAUCCCGACCCACCAGCUCCAUUCCCUCAUCCAAGACGCCGCUCACAAGUGUACAAUUAUUUUGGGUUUUGUUAUUAAAUCAAUUUUGUAAUGGUUGACCUAA